AUGCCCGGACGAAUUCUGUUCCGUUAUUCUCGUGAAGAGGUUUCCAAGCACAAUACCCAGAAGAAACUUUGGGUCAUCCACAACAACAAAGUUUAUGAUUUAACAGAAUUCGCACUCGACCAUCCCGGUGGUGCUGAAAUACUUUUGGAAUGGGGUGGACAAGAUGUUACUAAAAUUAUGACCGACCCCACUUUACACGAACAUACUAAGAGCGCAUAUGAAUUGUUGGCAGAUUCAUGUAUUGGAGAAGUGGUUGACAAUACUGUUGCUUCAACUACACAAAGUAAGGAUGUGGGCACUAUAUUCGACGAACGAACAAUUGAUAAAUUUCGACCUGAAACGACAGAUAUAAAGUCCGACCUUAACGAAAAAUUCUUAAACCUUAAUAAGCCCUUAUUUGCACAAAUGUUCAAUUGCAAUUUCAGCAAAGAAUUCUAUCUUAAACAAAUUCAUCAGCCACGCCAUCUCCCUUAUUCGGCUAGAUUAUUUGCGAAUCCAAUGUUAGAAUUGUUAACAAAGACACCUUGGUAUGCAAUUCCCAUCCUUUGGUUUCCAGUAAUUUCGUAUUAUUUAUAUACGGCAUCAGGAAGUUUGGGUUCGCGGACCAUUAUCGUAUUAUUCCUUUUCGGUAUUGGAAUUUGGACUUUAUUAGAAUAUACACUUCAUAGAUUUUUAUUUCACGUCGACACUAUACUACCUGAUCAUCCCUACGCACUUUCUGUGCAUUUUGCUCUACAUGGUAUUCAUCACUAUUUACCGAUGGACAGACUUCGUCUUGUAAUGCCACCGAUACUUGGUGCUUCCAUCGCCUACCCGAUCAUUCAACUUGGAUAUAUUAUUUUCCCUGAAAAUAUUGCAUGUGCUUUAAUUGCUGGUGCAAUAUUUGGUUAUCCAGCACUUGAGGGAGAUGAAGACAUAUCACCUAGCUCACCAUUAUAA